AUGGGGCAUCUCUGCUCCCUCCUGGCCACGGCAUUGCUGGCAACGAGCCUGGUGCAGGGCUGUGGCAAGCAAUCGCGCAUCUCAGGGCACAUCUUGAAUGGUCAAGCUGCCAAGGGCAGGGCCUGGCGCUGGCAGGUCAGCGUGCAGAAGAAUGGCCAUCACAUCUGCGGCGGUUCACUCAUCUCCGAGAGCUGGGUGGUGUCAGCAGCUCAUUGCUUUGCUCAGUAUUUUCUUGCAUUCAGCCCUGUAGUCAAUUCAGCCUAUCGAGUGCAGCUGGGUGAAAAACGGAUUUUCAGUCAGACCCACACCCAGAUGUUCUCAUCGGUGAAGCGGAUCAUCCUCCAUCCCAAUUACGACAGGAGCACUUUCCUUGCCGACAUCGCCCUGGUGGAGCUGGAGAAUCCAGUGGCAUUCACGGCCUCCAUCAGCCCCGUGUGUCUCCUUGAUGCUUCCGUCCGUGUGCCUGAUGGGAAGCCCUGCUGGGUGACAGGCUGGGGGAAUAUUUCCCCACAAAUGAAUUCUUCCCUAGCGGAGACACUGCAGGAGCUGGAGGUGCUCACCAUAGACACCACAAUCUGCAACGAUCGCUUCUGGGAAGCAUUACAAAAGGCUGUGAGUGACAACCCCAUCAAAGAGGACAUGAUGUGUGCCGGGCACAUGGAAGACUAUAAAGGGACCGCCCCAGGUGACUCCGGGGGACCUCUGGUGUGCAAACAGAAUGGGACCUGGUACCUUGCUGGGAUUGUGAGCUGGACACUGACAGGAAAAGUGAACGAAGUAGACAUUAUUCUCCCUGGUUACCCUGGGGUCUACAACCGCCCGAACGCCCACAAUGACUGGAUCCAAGAGAACGUGCCUGGUGUGACUUUCAAAGUGGUGAACUUCCCUUCAAACAGUGCCCAUCCCUCUUCCAUCAUCUCCAGAGUCCUUCUCCUCACCGUGCUUCUGCAGCUGACCCUCUGACCACCCCACCAGACUGGGUCCUUAUCUCACACCUACCUUUCCUCACUCUUGGUGCAGAUAGACUGUGUCACCUGUGACACUAGACACCCGGUAUUCACA